AUGGUUGACACAUCGGCUAUCGGGAUCAAUGUAUUGGUCAUCCAGCCAGCACCACCAAAGUGGGCAAUUGAUAUCAUGAAGUACCUUGGAGAAGGCCAAGUCCUAGGCGACCAGGAAGAAGCGCGAAAGGUUAGAAAUAGAGCAGCGCAUUUCACGUUGUGGGAAGGAGUCCUGUAUAGAAGAGGUUUCUCCAAACCCCUUCUAAGGUGCGUCUCGCCUGAAGAGACCCAGUAUGUCCUAGCUGAGAUACACGAAAGAAUCUGCAUCAAUCAUUCUAGUGGAAGGGCAUUGGUCGCCAGGGUCAUGCGUGCGGGGUAUUACUGGCCCCACUCCCUUUGGGAUGUAGAGGACUUGGUGAAGAAAUGCCCCAAGUGCCAAGAACAUGCGCCCAUUCCCCACUGCCUGCCGGAACAACUGACCUCCAUUGUGCCCCCCGACCCUUUGAACAAUGGGGGCUUGACCUCGUCAGCCCAUGUUUCGAGGGCAAGGAAGGAGGGAAGUUUGUAA